AUGACUGAAGGGAAGGUUGCCCCAGACCCAACACAACAAGUGAAAGCAAGGGAGCAUCAACAACAGCUGCAAAUGCAGCAAUUGCAACUUAUGCAGCAGCACAAUGCUCAAUUGCAAAAAAGGGAUCCUAACCAUCCUUCACUUGGUGGUCCUAUGAAUGCUAUGAACUCCGAAGGAAUGAUGGGGCAGCCAUCAGCCAGUGUACUGGCCAUGAAAAUGUACAAGGAGCGAAUGAAACAUCCUCAGUCAAUGGAUUCAGAGACAUCUUCAGUUCUAAUGGAUGCCAAUAGGAUGGCCAUUCUCAAGUCAGCAACCAAUCAUCAAGGCCAGUUCGUACAAGGCAACUCUGGGAGCAUGUCUGCUGCUCUGCAGCAAAUGCAAGGACGAUCUCAAUUGACCACCGAUGUUAAAGCCGAAGUGAACUUGGGUGCAACUAAGAAAUCUUUGCCUAUGGAUCCUUCAUCAAUAUAUGGGCAAACAAUUUUGCAGUCAAAGUCUGGACUGGGCGGUGCAG